UGUGGUAUUCCAAUAUUUACUCAAUGCUGCUUUAUAACAUGUAACAUUUGAUAAAGAGAAUCAUAACCGCUAUCGACAAAAUGUGGCGCGGCACUCUGGUCAUAGCUUUGAUAGUUGCGUACGCCGGGAGUUCGGAAGGAAGAUUUCGAGAUGCUGUUCAACGGAUAAAGAGGUCACCGCACUAUAACAACGACUGCUCUCCACAUUUCUACCCGCCGCCGCCGCCGCCGCCGCCGCCACCACGGCCCUUCUGGCCACCCCCACCCCCUCCUUACUGGAGACACUACCAUCACCACCACGGCUUCGACCAGGACUUCCAGAACCAUCAAGGACAAGGACAGGCACAAUCUCAAGCUCAGUCUCAGGCGCAAUCUCAGGCACAAUCUCAAAUGCAAUCUCAGGCGCAAUCUCAAGCCCAAUCUCAGUCUCAAACCCAGCAGCAAUCUCAGUUGCAAUCCCAAGGGCUACAAUAUCCGGGACCAAUGCAGGAAGAGUCCCAGGCACAAGGAAGACCGGCUCAACUCCAGCAAGGGCCUCCUCAGCAGCCUUGCAGCAACUGUGGCCAGCAGGGCAACUCCGCCGUCAGCAACUCUCGAAGUGACUCAGGAUCAGCCAUCGCGAUAGCUAUUGCGAGAACCCCGGAAAAGAAUUAAAGGACGUUGUCUCUGCCGUCUUAUAAGAUAGUGUUUGUUUGUAUAUGAAUAUUUCGAAAUAUAUGUUUAUAUGUGUUGAGUAUGUUAAGACCUGUAAAUAAUAAAAAAUAAAUCCAUA